GCAGUCUCGUGAGAAGAAGCAUGUAACGUCACAGUCCCGUGAGAGGAAGCAUGUGACGUGUGGGUUUGUUGUUCUGCAAGAGCUAGGAAGCUUUCUAUCGGCGAACUGAUACUGAGACUGUGUUCAGGGAAGCGCGACUAUUGGCCGGUCUUUACAAGAUGUCUGGGUUUUUUGACAACUUGAGAUGCUCAGAAUGCAUUGAUUGGGGCGAGAAGAGAAAUACAGUGGCCUCUGUUGCAGCUGGUGUUCUAUUCUUUACAGGCUGGUGGAUCAUCAUUGAUGCUGCUGUUAAUUAUCCCGAAACAGAAAAUCUGAAUCACUCAUACCAUGCUUGUGGUGUGAUAGCCACUGUUGCAUUUUUAAUGAUAAAUGCAGUGUCCAAUGGGCAGGUUCGUGGAGACAGCUACAGUGAGGGGUGCAUGGGGCAAACUGGUGCUCGUAUUUGGCUUUUUCUUGGCUUCAUGUUGGCCUUCGGUUCUCUGAUAGCAUCCAUGUGGAUUUUGUUUGGAGGUUAUGUGGCAAAUGGUAGUGUGGUGGUAUAUCCAGGAAUUGCCAUAUUUUUUCAGAACGCUUUUAUUUUCUUUGGGGGAUUGGUUUUCAAAUUUGGCCGGACUGAAGAUUUAUGGCAGUAAAACAACUCCACAGAAAAAUCUUUCUUCCAUUUUUUUCCCUUUUUUAACACAUUCCUAAUAAUAAUCCAUUUUAGCUAAAACACACCCUUUAUUUUUCAAGAGUACUGGAAAUAUUUACCACUGAAUACUUUUAUUAUCAGCUUUUGCACUUUUUAUUUGUUUGGUUAACAGCUGUUUGUCAUGUUUUGUAAAUGUAAAUUUGUCUUUGAAGUAAAACAGUUUAACAAAA